AUGGGAGAACUUCACCUGUGCUGGAUGGGUAAUAUUGAACAAUUGAAGCAGUUUGUGAGCGAUAACAUAGAGUUAAAUGGCGUAUGGGUCUCGCCAGGCGGAGACAAGAAAAAAUAUAGCGAUGGCGACACUUCAAUAUCGUGGCGUAAAGGCAAUAAAGUUCUGCGAAUAGAAGGUAAAGGGAAGAACCAGAUAAAUGCUAAGUUAUGUUCAAUAAUAUGCAAUUCUGGCAUAUCGCUCGAGGAAGCUGGUGCUGCGAAUAAUCUAAGUAGCGUUUCCCAUUGUAGAACGAGCGAGCUAUCUGUUGAAAUGGAGGGCGUUAAAUUGGACAUAGCAAUUGCUGAGAGGGACAUUGGUAAUAACAAAUUUACUAUUGAAAAUGUUGAAGCCCGCUUAAAUAAGUUAACAGAGGAAUUCGGAAAAGUUAGUCAACAACUUGAUAAUUGUCGUGAGGCAGAGACAUAUUUCUUAAACAAUCAACACAAGGAUCGUUCUUCACCCACAUUUGAAUAUUCUAAUAUGGCUGACAUGGGCCACUCUACGCGGGAAAAGCUUUGUUAUGAAAAAGCCACUAGUACAAUAGAUUUAACCGUAAACAAUCAAAUUAAUGACGUUGAUAGUGUUGUUGAAUCUUCCCCGGACAACAUGCCACACAUCGAAAUAUUAGACAAAGCCUCUAGUACAAUAGAUUUAACUGUAAACAACCAAAUUAACGAUGCUAAUGUUGUUGAGUUUUCCCCAGAGAACACGCCACCCAUUGAAAUACUAGACAGAGCUACAGAAAAUAGCCGUUCCAAUCAGUCAUGCAUAAUACUGAAUUCCUGUUCUGGCUCAUCAAAACAAGAUGCAAUACCAUUAGAUGUCUGUAACCAGACUGACGAGAUAUGUGAUAAAACAAAUUUUCAAAGUAUUUCACCCCGAAUUCAAAGUAUUUCAACCCGAAUUACUACUCGGCGGCCUCCUGUAAACAUAGUCCCUAAACAUAAUUCGACUGCUCUGGUCGGAAACCAGAUCGAUAAGAUAUAUGAUGAAACAAACUUUCAAAGUAUUCCAACCCGAAUUACUACGCGGUGGCCUCUUAAACGAAAGACUACUCGUAGCCGAAAAUUGUAUAGAAAGCAAAUGUCUGACAGGCAGGGUUUUUGCCCGGUUCCAAUAUUCAACCAAACCGAUUGGCAUCAAUACCUAGAUUAUGUCUCGGAAAUAAUGCGUCAAUAA